AUGCUAGGAGCAACUCGAUUUAAGCAAGUGAAAGAAGGGAUUCAAAGUUCACUCCUACGUCAUCCACCGAAGAAGAGAGAUGCUUCCGCAUAUGCCGAGGAAAACAAAAUUAGGUUGGCCGGAAACGUGAUCCGUUUGCGUGAACGACAAUCGUUGGACCAGAGCAGUAAGCGACUGGAUACCAUGCGACAUCAAACGCACUGCAGUAAGACCAUCUACCUCUUUACGAAGUCCUUCAAAGAAAAGUACGACGCUCUUCGAGUACCUCGCGAGAAGAGAUACUACUGCACCUGCAUGCGAUCGUAA